AUUAAUUAUAUUGUAUUAUUACUCACUAUGUACUGCUAUUUUUAAUUUAUUUAUACACGUGCCUGAAAGUAUAAUACCUCGUGCCGUGACAUAUUAUGAAUGACAUCAAUGGUUUCCAAUAUACACCCGGAAAGCUGAUCAUAGAAGGAAAGACCAAAAAGGUCUUUGAACUUUCAAAUGAUCCUACCCUAUGUCUUUUACAAAGUAAAGAUCGUAUUACUGCUGGAGAUGGUGUAAAAUCACAUGAUUUGAAGGGCAAAGCUGCAAUUAGUACAGAUACAACAGCCAAGGUCUUCAAGUUAUUAAAUGCAGCUGGAAUAAAAACUGCAUUUGUUAAAGUAAUGAAUGAAACUGCCUUUAUUGCACAUAAAUGUGAAAUGCUUCCCAUAGAAUGGGUUACUAGAAGAUUGGCAACUGGUAGUUUUUUGAAAAGGCAUACAGGAGUUUCUGAAGGAUACAGAUUUAAUCCACCAUUGCAAGAAACAUUCUUUAAAGAUGACAGCAAUCAUGAUCCUCAAUGGUCAGAAGAACAAGUUAUUUCUGCUGGUUUUAAGUUAAAUGGACUUGUAAUAGGAAAGGAUGAAUAUGACAUUAUGCAACGUACUGCGCUUGCUGUAUUUGAAAUUCUAGAAAGAGCAUGGAUAACUAGACAGUGUGCUCUUAUAGAUAUGAAAAUAGAAUUUGGUAUAAAUGUAAAUGGUGAAAUUAUGGUAGCAGAUAUAAUUGACAGUGAUUCUUGGAGACUUUGGCCAUCUGGUGAUAAAAGAUUGAUGAAAGAUAAACAAGUGUAUAGAAAUUUAGCUACUGUAACUGAGGAAGAUUUAAAUACUGUAAAACACAAUUUCGAAUGGAUAGCAGAUCAACUGAACUAUCUUAUUCCACCACCUAGCAGCCUUGUUGUUAUCCUAAUGGGAUCACCUUCUGAUCAGGAGCAUUGUACACAAAUAGCAAAAUAUGCAAAGCAUUUGUAUUUAGAAGUUAAAUUUCGGGUAUGCAGUGCGCACAAGGGUACCCAAGAAGUAUUACGUAUUCUUGCAGAGUAUGAAGGUAGUUUUAAAAAGGUGGUGCUAAUAGCUGUAGCAGGGAGAAGUAACGGUUUGGGUCCAGUACUCUCUGGAAACACCUCUUUGCCUGUUAUUAAUUGCCCGCCUCUCAAACCAGAAAACAUUGCACAAGAUUUGUGGUCGUCUGUUAAUGUUCCUUCAGGAAUCGGAUGUACCACAGUCGUUUAUCCUGAAAGCGCAGCACUUGCAGCCGCUCAAAUUCAUGCGUUGCACGAUCAUCUCGUUUGGGCACGCCUGCGAGUAAAGCAGUUAAUGAAUUUUAUUGCUUUAAAACAAGCAGAUGGUAAACUAAGGAAUCUUGAAAUAUAAUAUUUUCGAAUGCUGAUACGGAUUAAGAAAUAAUACAUGGCGAAUACCUUUCGACACCUAAUCGCAAAUGACGAAUAAAUUUUCUUUUUUCGUUUACUGAUA